UCUAUAUAUACACGGCAAUUCGACACUGCCGGCUUUAAACGGCCGUGUAAGAACUCGUCGCUACCCUUUUAUUUCCUUAUCAAUUGACCAUUUAGCACAGAUAAUGGUCAUUUUGGCACAUUUGAUUCGUGACUUUGCCUCAUUGUCAUCCAUGUAGCCAAAAUGACAAAUGACUUUCACCGCACCAAAUUGGUACACCAGCUACUAGAAAACAGGCGCUAUGUAUUAAACCAAAUGGAAAGUGCAGCAGAUGGAGGAAACAAAGGAAUGGCCUGCCCCAAGGAAUGGUCCUUGCUCCUGUGCUAUUCAACAUCUACACCAAUAUGACCAACCAAGGGCAAGAAGUUUCAUGUAUGCUGACCUUGGGAUUGCAGCCCGGAGCACCAUCUGGAAUAACAUUGAGGCCACCCUCACAUCAGCCCUAGACAGCCUCACAACCUAUUACACAGUCAACCAACUCGAGGCAAAUCCUACCGAGACCCAGGUAAUCCUGUUACACUUACAUGGUGACGCUAGGAAGAAAUUGUCCCCCGAUGUGGAAUGGUGUCCACUGCAUCUUCCCGGUAUACCUCGGUGUCACCCUGGACCAGACGCUCUUGUACAAGCAGCAUAUAGGCCGUAUUGAAUAACCCCUUGUUGCUAUGAAAGUCGCCAGGGCAAACCGUUGUGGGGCAAACCGUAUGCGCGUCUAAACGCGUACAUCAAUGAAGCACGCAGCCGAAGCGUUUACACACACACGCUCAAGCACGCCAUGUUGUAGGGCAGGUUUUUGAAUGGUUCGAUACGGUCUAUAUAAACAAGGUAAAAGGUGAAGUGAGAACCAGAAACAACUUACAAACUCAUCAUGGGGUGCCAAUGUAUCCACGCUCUUUGCCACUCUGCUGCAGAGUAUGCCUGGAUGGCCCGUCUGGGAAAGGUCCUUAUCAUGCAAAGAUAGUUGACCAUGCUCUCAACAACAGUUGCAGAUCCAUCACUGGCUGCCUAAAACAAACAGACAAUACCAGCUUCAAUUCAAUUCAAUUCAAUUCAUUUCUUUAUUCAUCAUGCCCAGCAUGAAAAUCACUUUCUAGAUUUGCACAUUAAAAUACAAUGCCCUUGCUGGCAUUGCCAAACCUGAUAUUAUGUACAUUGUACAUGGAUCACAGUAGCCAGCAGUACUGAGCACUUCAGACAAAGGAUUUGCCCUUUGGGAAAAGAAAGUUUGGGUUGUUUUGGAGGUGAAAAGGUUAGAGGUAGGUCAUGAUGGUGAGUUGUAGCCUAAUGGUUUCAGUAUCAGAACUCCAGUUAGAAGUGCCAUUUGCACUUGUCUUGUAUACUGGGUGGGAUUUCCCUUGGGGAAAAGUUUGAGAUUGUUUAUUAUUUAAAGGUUGAAGGUCUAGGUAAAGGUGGUGAGUUCAAGUCAACAGAUCAAUGUCAAGGUUCAGCGCUCGGGUACAAGAACACAGUUUGGUGAGCAUCACUGUUAUUUUUAUAAUAUAAAAGGACUUGAAUUUCUUUUCAAUUUGCAGAACUUGACCAAUACGUUUCAAGCAACUGUUGCAACUAAUGGUCGCCAGGGAUACACUAUAUUCCAAUAUGAAGUUGGGCACAUGCUUUGGGACUUUAAUGUGCUUCCAUUUCAAGAUGUUGUGAUUGGAUACAAAUGCCCUAAUGGAGAAAGCACGUACAUCAAUGAUCCUGAUCCACAAGACUCAAUUGACAUCCAUAAGAGACCAGACAUGUAUCUUGGUAACACUAACCAGUUAGGUAUCUGGGCAUACAGAUUGGAUUCCAACUCAGAUACCUAUGUCAAUCCUGAACAAGAAUGUAACCAAUGGCAAGCUGUUCAGCCAGACCCAUCAACUUGGAUGCCUACUGAUGACUGUCCAUGUAGUCACAAUCAAGCUAUGCUUGAUAGUAGAUACGAGUUGUUAAAUUUGACUGAUCUGGGUAUUGAUGAAGCUGUUUCCUUUAGUUGGCCCUUAUUACCAAAAGAUUGCUAUUAUCGUACAUUCUUGGCAAGUGAUUCGCCAGGAUUACUAUGUUGCUAUGACAAUUUGGAAGCAUUAAUGCAGUUUCCAAAUGACGUUUUCUUUGGGGCUGUUUCUGAGCGCUUUUCAUUCAACCCAUUCUUUACCUCUGGCAGUGGUACUUUACAGGACAGAUAUAACACUUGGAUUGAAAAAGAGGUUUCGCCAAGGUACUACUGCUGCGUUGCAUCUUAUAGUCAACAGUUUUGUGAAAGGUAUGAAAUUAAACGACCGAAGAAGUCUUGUAGCACAUACAUGCCACCAACUCUAGCAUGGUGUGUAGGUGACCCGCACUAUACAACCUUUGAUAAUUUGCAGUACACUUUUAAUGGGAACGGAGAGUUCGGCCUGACAUCCAUCUCACCACGAAUUUUUGAAUUGGCAGCUCGUGCAGAACGAGGCGAAGUAGUGACCAAUUCAGAUGCAGAAGCUACUUAUUUCACCUAUUUUGGUAUGAAUCAUCAUCAAAGCGGAAGUAGUGUGGGCUUUGAAGUGGAUGCAACUGGAACAAACUUCAUAGUCAGGAUUGAUAAGACCAACAUAUUAACUGAGGAUCAAAUAGAACAAGGACACCUGGUAAAUGAGUGUUUAGUGAAGAAAAAGAAAGAUAGUCAACACAUCAUACUUAGCUGUCCGGAUGGAAUAACUAUAACAGUUUAUAUUGAGCAUGGUAUGG